GUAUCGAGUCUUAAAACAUCGAUAGUAUUUUUGUAAAACACAAACCAUCGAUAUAUCGACGAUAUUUUUCUUCUAUCGCUUAAUGCAGAAAAUAAAAACAAAGUAAAUGCGUUAUUUCACAACGGUUCUAAAAUUUUACUGAAAAAGAUUGCUCAGAAUGCUGCCAGUGGUAAAUGAAAUUGGCUUAGAUCCUGAAAAUAGGAAAUUGGUUUCAGCAGAAUCAACUAGUUUGGCUAUUUCACAAAAGAUCAAUCUUUAUGAUGGCGCGCACUGCAGCACUGGAAUAAAAGUAAAGGACGUAUCUGAAAUAAAUAACUGCAACAUUUUAGGUGCUAAUGUUGAGGAAAAUGAAAACCGAGAUUAUCUCAAGCGCGAUUCAUCUUGUGCAGAUAAAAACGACUCAAAGCGCGUCAGGCUGUCGGAUGACAUCGAUGCUUCAAUUGAAACCUAUGAAGCCGAGAAAAAUACAAGUAUAUUUGAAAACAAAAACGCCGACACUUCGAGUAAUUCUGAUCAAGAACGUGUAAACGGUCACGGAGGUAACGGAUUAGUAUUUGAAAUUAAAUCCGAACCUUUUGUUGAGAGCAAUGAAGGGGGAAACAUUAACGACAUGUGUCAAUCUGGUUCUGGCUCUACCAGUACAAUUGAUAUAAAACGAGCUGUUAAGAUAGAGAAAGCCGAUGCUUGCUCUUCUUCUUCGCGAGAAUCUUGUAGAUUUGGGAUUCGUUGCUAUAGACGUAACCCAAUGCACCGAAUAGAAGAAGCGCAUCCCGGUGACAAUGACUACAAACGGCCAAAUUAUCCACCCCCUCCUAAGGGCACACCUGACUGUCCAUACGGUAGCCUUUGUUAUCGUCGGAAUCCAGCACAUUUCCAGCAUUUCAAUCAUCCACCAGAAACUAACUUUGAGCAAAAUUACAAAAAUUACCGACUAAGGGAACGGCAACGUCAGCAUGAACAGGAUGAGGAUGCUCUUAACUCAAGUACUAACGGCUGUGUAUUGGACGACGAUUAUGAUUUGGAUGAGCCGUUUAGUAACGACGAGGAAUUUGAUUCGGACUAUCUGCCUAAUAGCAUUGAUGAGGAUGAUGAUGAUGAUUAUGAUUCUUGUGAUAAAGUGGAAGAAUAAAUAAUCGAUGACCUAUUUUAAAUCGC